AUGACUAGCUUUUAUGAAAUGUGGCUAACACCUACGAAAACAAUAAUGUCAUAUGAGAAUACAACUCAUUUAUGUAUCAUAUUACACAAAUAUCAAAAAAAAAGGAUUCUUCAUGAAGUUGUAGCUUCUGAUAAUCCUACUAUCAGGACAGACUAUCAUACUGAUGCAGGAAUUGGGACAUCACACAAUGAAAAAUUCGAACUCAAGAAACUGAUUAAAAGAACAGAAAAAGUUUCUAAUGAAAAAAUCAAUUUAAACGAAGGGUCGAUUGAUUGUCAAACUGUACCAUGGAGAAAAAAUAGAGCAGUAGAUUUUAGUUGUCCGAUGAUUCUUGCAACUUGUGGAAAAGCGAAAGAAGAUGCUGUCAAAUACACUUUAAAGAAAUUUCAGCAAGGCAAAAAUAAAAACACUUCUAAAAAGACGUCAUGGACUGAAAAUAUUGUGUUGAAGACGGUUCCUCAAACAAGAAAAGAAAGAAUUCACGAAAAAUUUCAAGUUGUUAUGCCACUGUCAACAACAAUUCAGGAAAUUAUAUCAGAGAACGUAACUCCUGUACAACAGACGAUUUCAGACGUUGUUCAAGAUAAAAAACAAAUAUCUUCCAGCUUCUCAAAAAUUAAAUAUAACUUGACGUCUAAUUCAGAAAUAAUACCAAGCCACGUCAAUCAAAUAACCAACGUCAGUUGUGAAAAAUCUGAAACACCAUAUGUUGGUGUUGAAUCAAGUUUUGCUGAUUUCACGAAAUCUCAACAGGUAACACCUCAAUCGAAAAAAGAUCUGAAUGUAAUAGAGAAGAACGAGCAUACACCAUGCAGCGAAGAAAAAAUAAGCCGAAAAAAAUCGAAAAAAAUUAAGCCUAAGUUUCUCGAAGAGCCGAUUGAACAUAUCAAAUUAAAUCCAGUAACUAUUAAUAAAAAUUCCUCCAGAACAAUAAGCCCAGAAACAAGCAAAAUAGAAAAUAUGUUUAUAAAACAAAAAAAAGACCGAUCAGUUGAACAUUCUGUUGAAAAAAUAUCAUCAGUUUCCGAUAACAUACCGAAGUCAAAAGAUAAAAAACUAAGAUCGAUGGAAACCAACUUUUAUCUACCAAUUGAUAAGCAUAGAGAUUCUGAUGGAAGUUCAGUAUCCAAGAUCGAAAAGCUACAAUCUACAAAACAAGAAGAAAUGAAUGCUCGUGUUGUUAUGAAAGAAAAAAAAAUAUCAUCUGCAUUAAAAGCACCAGUUGAAGAAGAAAGAUCUAAAGAUAAUGUUUUCGGAGAAAGCAGUGAGUUAAAGUCUAAAAUAAAAUUUCCAGAACCUGCACAGCAGCAAUCGUCAACACCAUCAAAUAUUUCUUUCGAGAAACCAAUCCCUGACACACUCGAGGUAAAAAGUGAGGACACAGAAAAUGAAACGAAAAAAUAUUGCAACUGGAUAGUGAAAAGCGAGAAAAAUAAUAAUAUUAGAUCGAUGAAACAUCAAUUAGAAAUAAAACCAAACGGAGAAAAACGUGAAACACUUACGGAAUUUCCUGAACUUUCGAAUAAUGAUCAAAAAUUUAAGAAUCAGAAGUCAACUACCGAAGAUAACGUGAUGGAAAAUAUAAAAUUGGAUAUACAACCGAAAAUUGCUGACAAUACUGCAGAUAUGACAAUGGCUGAAUAUAACGAGCCAUCGAAAAAAAUAUAUAAGCAAUCCAUAAAAAUAAAAAGUCACGCAGCAGAUAAUUUGAAGGAACUAAAAAAUAGAAAACAAGGAAUUUCGGGACAAGAAUCAAGCGCAAAUAAAGUUGAAAAUGGAAAACAAAAAUCGAUCAUUAGUGAAAAAAAAGAACAAAUCUUGGAGCCGGUAGAACUUGACGAUAAUACUGAAGUGAUGAAAAUUCAAGAUAUAGUCCCAGUAAAAAAUAUAUUAGAAGAAAAAAUGUUAAAACGAGACAAACCUACGACAGAAGUCGAAAAAGUUUCAGUAGAUAUAAUGGAAGGAAUCGAAAACGAAGAGGAACAUUUAUACGAGAAAUCGAAAAAAAGAAUCAUCAAAAAAAAAGAACCAGAGGAAAAGUCGAUUCAAAAUAUUGAACUUACGAAGAAUACACGACAGAAAUCAACGAAAAAACGACCAAACGAAAAAAGUAUUGAGCAGAAUGAAUAUCAAAAUGAAUCUUCAAUACAUUUAGUGCAUUUAACAAAGUUAGAGUCAAAAUCGCAAUGUAAAACAGAGAUGAUUCAGGUAUUGACCGAUACUAACAACCCUGAACAAAUGAGAGAAAUAGAAAAAAAAAUGGCUCAAUCCGAAGUUGUAAAUGAUUCUCUUAUUACCAAACAGCCUAGUAUUCUGCGUCCUGCAAAAACCACAGAAAAUAAUACUUCCACUGAUGAAAUCGGUAUUAUUCACUCACUGAAAGAAGAGUUAUCAUUUUUAGAAAAACACGGUACUUUAAUUGAUGAAUCCUUGAAAGAAAACGAAGAAAAAAUAGACGAUUUUGGACCUAAUAAAUUGACAUUAGCUAACGCUGGAGAUAACUUGGAAGAACUUCAUUUGGAACACGUUCAUAAUAUUCAAAAAGGGCUUGAAGAUAGUGAAGGUGUUGCUCCACACUUUGUUGAACCAUUAAUACCUAUGGUCACAAAUAAAAAAAAAUCAGUUAUCUUAGAGUGUACAGUUCUUGGAGUGCCAAUGCCAGAAAUCAAAUGGUAUCGCGAAGAGUGCGAAAUGAUUAAUAACAAAAACACUGCAAUAACAUACAAUCCACGAACCGGAAAAGCCAAGCUCACAAUAUUUUCACUUCGAUCAAUAGAUGAAACAGUUUAUCGGGUAUGUGCUACUAAUAACCUUGGCCAAGCUGAAUGCAGGACUAAUAUCGUAAUGGAUAAUGACGGAUUAUCACUUGAACCAGAAGUUUUGCGUGCACCAAAAAUAACAAAGCCCCUUCCAGCUCUCGUAGCAGAGAAACAACAAACUAUAACUCUUUUAGUAGAAUUCGAAAGUCAACUCCCGUUUGAAGCGAAAUGGAUCUGGAAUGGUAAUGAAAUCAAUCUUUGUGGAAAGUUUUGUAUGACAUUAUUUGAAAAAAGUGCACAACUAACAAUAAACAACAUAGAGAAAAAAGAUUCUGGAAAAUAUGAGUUUCGAAUCCAAAAUUUAAAAGGUGAAGCACGUAGCUCUGGUACAAUCACAGUCGCAGAUCAUAUUGAUGUGUCCAAAACUCUAGUAGAUAAACCUAAAGCGCCACAUUUUAAAGAAAUAAUUGAGCCACAGCUGGUAUUUCUCAAUGAAGUUCUUAUCAUAGAAGCUAACGCUGAGUCCUUUCCAACUGCAUCAUUCCUUUGGUUUCAUAAAGAAAGUCCAUUGAAACCAUCUUCAGAUGUUCGAAUUGUAACAAAAAACAAUCGUUCUGUUAUUUUUAUUGAAAAAGCAAAGCCAGAACACGCAGGAACAUAUACAUGCAGAGCAGAGAAUGUUGCAGGAUCUGUAACUUGUACAGCAAGAGUUGAUUUAAUUGAAACUAAUUGGAAAGAAGUUGAAGGCUUUACUCCCCCUACGUUUAUUUUACCACUUUCAUCAGUUCAUGUAAUGGAUGGUCAAAGUGUAGAUUUGACUUGUAUUGUAAAAGGUGAACCAAUUCCAAAGAUUCAGUGGUAUCAUAAUGGUAAACCAGUUCAAGAGAGAAAAGAAAUAGUCUUACUUCAAGAUUCAAAAGGAGUAUGUAAUCUUGCGAUUUCAGAAGUGUUCCCGGAAGAUGCCGGGCAAUAUGAUUGUCGAGCAACUAAUAUUUUGGGUGAAGAAAAAUGUUCUACAUCACUUUUUGUUGAAGCGUACGAGUAUGUACCAGACUUAGAAAUCUCAUCUGUUACAAUGAUGCCUAUGAGUGAAGCACGAAGUAGUUCAGAAGAUGAUUUGUCGUCAUUGAAGGCUUUCUCGCAAUCGGGUGUUGAAAUGAAAGCUUGUGCUCCUGAAAUAAUAAAGAAACUUCCUCCAUUACUUACAGUAAUUGAUCGUAAUGCAACAAGAUUAGAAGUUCAAGUCAAAGGUAAUCCUAGACCAUCAGCUAAAUGGUAUAAAGAUGGUUUAGAAAUCAAAACAUCACGUGAAUUCCAAGUUGAGGAAUUGAAAGAUGGAACUUUUUGUUUGGUUAUUGCUGAAACAUAUCCAGAUGAUACAGGUGAAAUCGUAUUCAAAGCGUUCAAUCCGCUUGGUGUGUCUACAACUACAACAUUUCUUUCAGUCAAAGGUAUUCUUGGAACGAAAGAUUACAGGAAGCCAGAAUGGGUUACACAAAUGGAAGAAACUCAAGAGUUGGAGAAAGCAUCUCAACAAAUUCCACGUUUUAUCCGAGAAAUUACUGAUGCUUACGUCCAAAAUGGUGAAAAAAUAGUUUUCGAAGUAAUUUUUGCUGGACGACCAGCACCUGAUUGUGUAUGGUACAAAAAUGAUAAAUUGAUCAUGAAUACCAAAAACAUAAUAAUCAAAUUAUUUGAAAAAGAAUACAAGUCAAACCUUACCAUUUACCAUACGACUUCAGAAGAUGAAGCUACAUAUGUUUGUAAAAUAACAAGCGGAAUAGGAUCAGCUAAAACUCAAGCUAAGCUUCACGUAAUAACCGGUACUUCUGCGAAACCAGAGGAUGGCUCAGAAUUUGGGAAAGAAAUCGAAAUAAAAAAAAAAAAUAAAAAAAUUAAAUCGAACAAAAUAAAAGAAAUGAAACUAAUGAAGGGAUCGCAACUAGAUGAUAACCAAAGAAACAUAAAGCUGCAAGCACUUGAAGAAACAAUAGUCAAACAGCAGUUCCACGACAUAGAAGUUACAGAUUCGUUGCAGUUUGAACCUAUGGAAUCAAUUGACGUUUUUACAGCAAAAAGUUACAAGGAUAUAGACUUCAGCACCGAUGUAGUACCAUCAGUAGUUGAAUCAACAACAACAUUGACGACCCUUCGGGAAACUAAGAAUCUAGAUAAACAAAUAAAUACAGAAAAAUCAAUCGUUCAAAGUGUUGGACUGAUCACUGAUUCUUUCUCGGUCAUUAAAGACUCAUAUCGAAAGCUAUCCGUUGAAAAAAUCAUCGACUUAUCUGCACCUAUUGAUGGCAACAUUGAGCCGAAAGUAGUCAACAAAUCAUCGGCAGAAAUUUGUAGAGGUUUCCAAGAACUUAAAGAAACCAAAAGUAAAAUAAAUGUUAUGAAAAUAGCAAAUAAUGUAGAAAAAGAUAAUAACGAAGUUAUUCAAGAAAAUUUGAGAAGAAACAAAACAGGAAAACUAAAUGAUCUUUCUGAAGUAGUUGUCGAAGAUAUUCUUAGAGAAAACAGUAAUAACUUACUUCAUGCGGUUGAAAAAACGAUAAGACUUUUAGACGUCAAAGAAUUUGGAAAAGCUGAAGUUCCAUUAAGAGAAUUGGCUACAAUCGGUUAUCUAGUCCGUCAAGGAGUGUCUGAAAAUCAAAUAAAUGAAAGCCUCUAUCGAACUAAUCAGUUCCCAGCAUUGCGCACCCCAGAUUCUCAAAAUGCUUUAGUUCAGUUGGUGGAAAGGGAAGGCUAUGGUUCACUGAUAACGCAAGUUCUUACCGAAGAAACAACAACUGAUGAAAGCAUUGUAGCAGCUACAGUUGGCUUUCGAGCUUUUAUGAGAAUGGUUGAACUUCAGCAUACGACAGUUGAAGAACUGAUCUUGAACUUUGCUCCAGAAGAUUUCCGACCCCGAGCAUGGGAAGUUGCAGAAAUUACUGAGGGCAACUUUGAAGACUUUGAAGCUGAUAUGGUCACUACUGAGUUAUUAACUGGUGUUUUCCCAAUAAAAACAGAAGAAGAAAUCGAAACAAUGGCAAUACAAGAUAUUCAAAAAUUUAAAGAUGCAUGACGCUUUCAUGACAGUAACAUUGAGCCAGAGUUUGAAUAUGCAGAUUUGACCGCUUCGCUUAUUAAUCGCUGUAUUUUUAAAAUUAACAAUGAAAAAAUGUAGUUUUCGUUAAUCUUCAGCUUGAAUAAAAAAAAAAACUGUGCUUGAAAGCUUAGCCGAUAAUAAAGUCAAUACCGUAAGUAUUAUAAAAUAUGGAGACAGGAUUUUUUAUUUGAACCAUUCAUUCUGUGUACAUGUUUCCUAAUUUUUGAGGACAACGAAUGACCAAUUCAUUUGAAAUAGUAGACUGAUAAAAGAAUCGUAUUACUUUAUUGUUCAACGUUCCAAUA